AUGCGGCCGCGUACACUCAGAGCAGCUGCUCUGAUCGCAUCCCCCAAUCUCAUCACUUCGAGUCCACCCCGAGGCUCCCACAGUCGCCGUCGACCUGAUGCUCCACUCCAUGGCCAUGCUCGCCUCGUCCGUCCCUCUCAUCACUGCCCCCGCUUCACCCCCCUCCUUUCGCCCACCCCAGGUACUAUGGGUCCACCCCGAGACCCCCACUGCCACCGUCGACCUCAUGUUCCGCUGCAUGCUCGCCUCGCCUCUCGUCACUUCCCCAACAUCCCCCUUCCUCCUCCCCCCCUCUGUCCCCCACCCCAGGUGCAGAGAGUCCACCCCGAAACCCCAACGGCCACCAUCGACCUCAUGCUCGACUCCAUGCUCGCCUCGCCUCUCAUCACUUCCCCAACACCCCUCUCGCCCCCCUCGUCAACACCUUUCUCUCUCUCUCCCUUCCAGGUGCUGAGAGUUCACCCCGAAACCCCAACAGCCACCAUCGACCUCAUGCUCGACUCCAUGCUCGCCUCGCCGCCUCAAGAAGGCUUCACCGUCUCCGCCCUCACGGUCAGGGCGGAAGUUUUGGAGGCUGCCCGGGACACGCUGCUGGACGUGGAGCUCCGGGCAGAGUAUGACGAGGACCUGAAGGCAGCAGCUGCAGAGCAGCAGCAGGGGUUGGGGGGUGUGGGGAGAGGUGGAGGGGAGUACGGGGGCGAGACUGCGAUCAUGGUUGAUGUGCCCAUGAGCCGGGUCCCUGGCGUGUUGUGCCUGCUGCAAGAGGCGGGUCGCUCUGCUGACGUGGCAGAGGCGGGCCUCGACCUCCUCUCCCGCCCGGAUGGCGAUCCUGCUUUCCGUGCUGACGUGGCACUCGCCACAGCGUUGGCGUACUCAGACCUGUCGCGCGACGCCAUGUCAGCGGACCCGCCUGCAGUGGCACAGGGCUGUGAGCUGCUGGAAGCUGCGCUGAAGCUUCUGCAGGACGAGGGCGGGCCAAGCCUGGCGCCGUCCCUGCAGGCGGCCAUAGAGGACUCGCUGAGGGAGAUGGGCCCCACCCGCGUGCUGGAGCUGCUGGCGCUGCCCCUGGACAAGGAGCACGAGGACGCCCGGAGCGAGGGCAUACAGGCCAUGAGGGACCUGCUCUGGUCCCAAAGCCCAGACGGAGCACUGUCAUUCUCCUCUCAGGGCGGCUUCUCCCGCCAUGUGUUCAUGCGGGAGGCCUUCCUGCGCCUCACCACCUCCGAGCUCAUCGCCCACUUCGCUGCCGCCCCGCCGCACGUCGACGCCGGCAUCCUCGAGGCCUACUGGGUCGCGCUCGCCUUUGCCGGCCGGGGAUUCUUCCUGCGCCGCCCGGCCGACAUCGUCCAGUCUGACGCGCUGCUCAAGGAGCUGAACGAGUCCACCGCGUACCGUUUGUUGGUUAACGUGAGCACGGGCGGCGGGAUGGUGGAGGCGGGCGGCGGAGUGGCGGGGACUGGUGGUGUGGCCGGAUUGGCCGGUGCGGGAGAGGGUGGGGGGGGAGCAGGCGAAGCAGGAGUGAUUGCAGGAAGAGCAGGAGGAGGAGCGGGUGCAGGAGCGGGAGAUCGGGGGCAAGGGGGAGCAGGGAGUGCAAUGGCGAUGGUGGCGGGGACGGACGUGCCAGCGGAUCUGUCAGUAGAGAGGGCGAUGUGCGCGCUGCUGCUGGGGCAGGUGGGCGCGUGCAAGCGGUGGCUGGGCGUGCAUGUGACCCCUCCCUGUGGCGACCUUGCUGUCGCCGAGUAUGUCUAUGCCAACUCGCCUAACGCGCCACCGGUUGACUCGUGGUACGGCGGCAGCAGCAGUGCAGGCGGUAGCAGCAGCAGCAGCAGCAGCAGUGCAGGCAGUAGCAGCAGCAGCAGCAGCAGCAGUGCAGGUAGCAGCACAGCCCCUAGCCUCAUCACAACGGCUGCAGCCGGAGCAAAAGCAGGAGCGGGAGGAGCGGGGGCAGGGGAGGAGGAUGUGCUGUUACCGGGGCUGUGCCGGUUGCUAGAGGUGUGGCUGAGGGAGGUCGUAGCCAUGCGGUUCAGAGACACCUCCCACCUCUCUGUUGUUCUCUCUGAGUACUUUGACCAUCCUGCUGUGGGGAGUUUCUUGGAUGCGUGGGAUCAGGCGCAGGGUGUGGGGGGAGGGGGAGGAGGGAAGGUGGGGGAGAGUGGGAGAGGGGAGGGCGGCGGGAUGCGGAAUGCUGCUAUGGAGGUGAUUCGAGGGGUGUUUCCGUGGAUGCAGGGAGGGGGUGAUGCAGCAGCAGCAGCAGCAGCAGCAGGAGCCGCAGCUGAAAAUCCUUUCAUCGUUUCCACAUCAGCCACCACCACCACCUCCUCCUCCUCCUCCCUCUCCCCACCCUUGCCCACCGAUUCGUUACAAGACGACUCGUUACAAGACCCGUCAUCGUCGCUCCCACCAGCAGAGCUCGCCCGAUCACGCACCAGACGAGAGCUCUUUGGCGCCUCGCCCCUCCUCGACCCCCAAGGCUCACCCAUCCCCCUCCGCACCGCCCAACCCGAAUCCCUCCCCUCCUUGGGAAUAUCCGGGACCGAACCUGGGAGCAGCAGUGGCAGGGGUAGAUUUGGUGGGAAGGUGGGGAUGGUGGUGGCAGGGGUGGUGGCGGCGACGGUGGUGGCAGGGGGAGGGUUCAUGGCAUGGCGCAUGCGGUCGGGGCGGUUUGGGCCGUCACUGCUGGGAGUGGAAGCGGCGAUGGUGGGAGCAGCCAAGGAGCAGGCUGCUUCUGAGGUAGCAGCAGGUGCAGAGGAGUACAGCGAGGUGGAGGAGGUGCAGUGGGCGGUGCGUGUGGUGAGGCACUGGCAGGAGGUGAAGGCGGCAGCGUUGGGCCCGCAGCACCGAGUGGAUCGGCUGGGGGAGAUUCUGGAAGGGCCCAUGCUGGAGCUGUGGCGCAACAGAGCCAAGGAGGUGGAGAACAACGGGUGGUUCUGGGAGUACAGCUUCCUUAGCCUCAAUGGGCCCAUGCUGGAGCUGUGGCGCAACAGGGCCAAGGAGGUGGAGAACAACGGGUGGUUCUGGGAGUACAGCUUUCUUAGUCUCAAUGUGAGUAGAGGUGGAGAUGGCAGCAGUGAGCAAGUGUCAGAAAAAGGCAGUGGAGGAAGCAGUGGUGCAGGAGGAGGCAUGACUGGUGGAUGGAUGCACCUUGGUGGAGAUGGCAGCAGUGAGCAAGUGUCAGAAGAAAGCCGUAGUAGAGGCGGUGGUGCAGGAGGCGGCACGGCUGGUGGAUGCAGCGGACCCGACCCACAACGAUGCGUACAGAAGCACGUACACGGCGCGAUACGAGCUGCUGCAGACCGGCACCUGCUGGAAGAUCGUCGGCGGUACUGUGCUGCGAUAGUGUGUGGUGAUUUAGAGGCUUGUGCUGUGGGGUUGCGGUGUGCUGCUGUGAGUGGACGAUGCGGUGGGUGUGUGCUGCAGACCGGCACCUGCUGGAAGAUCGUUGGCGGCACCGUGCUGCGCACCUUCUCUCUCUUUCCCGCCUCUCUCCCGUGCCUUGCGGCGGAUCAAACGUCAGCGCGUCACUCACAGCCACGUGUCGAGCCGGCAUUGGCAGAUCUCCUCUCUGGCGCGGAACCCCUCUUCUCACAGACGAACGGUCAAGACUUCUCCAUCGGCGGCAUCGCAGUUCCGUCGUCCGAGCCGUGGCAGCAGCAGGAGCUGAUGACGUGUCGGCCAGCUCAGCUACCAGUGGCGAGUCGCAACGGCCGCAUUCCGCCAUUCGUGAAAUUCAGCAAGUGGAGAGCGGAGGUGGGGGAAAAGUGGGGGGGAAGAAGUGUGGGUGGGGAAGAGGGGGCGGGGGAGGAGCUGGCCAAUGGCGAGCGGACAGCUGUGGGCGUGGCGGAGGAGUACCUGGAGCGGCUGGAGGCGCAGGAGGGGCAGCUGAGAAGCUUCCUCCACACGGACAGGGAGGCGGUGCUGCAGCAGGCACGGGAAGUUGAUGCUGCCCUGGCGUCUCAGUCGGGCAGCGGAGAGAAAACUUUGGGGCUGCUGACCGGAGUGCCCAUGGGAGUGAAGGACAACCUGUGCACACGUGGCAUGCCCUCCACCGCUGCCUCUAAGAUCCUCAAGGGAUACAUGCCGCCAUACGAUGCGACAGCGGUGGGAAGGGUGAAGGCGGAGGGGGCAGUGGUGGUGGGGAAGACAAACUACGGUGGGAAGGGUGAAGGCGGAGGGGGCAGUGGUGGUGGGGAAGACAAACUAGGAUACAUGCCGCCAUACGAUGCGACAGCGGUGGGAAGGGUGAAGGCGGAGGGGGCAGUGGUGGUGGGGAAGACAAACUACGGUGGGAAGGGUGAAGGCGGAGGGGGCAGUGGUGGUGGGGAAGACAAACUAGGAUACAUGCCGCCAUACGAUGCGACAGCGGUGGGAAGGGUGAAGGCGGAGGGGGCAGUGGUGGUGGGGAAGACAAACUACGGUGGGAAGGGUGAAGGCGGAGGGGGCAGUGGUGGUGGGGAAGACAAACUAGGAUACAUGCCGCCAUACGAUGCGACAGCGGUGGGAAGGGUGAAGGCGGAGGGGGCAGUGGUGGUGGGGAAGACAAACUACGGUGGGAAGGGUGAAGGCGGAGGGGGCAGUGGUGGUGGGGAAGACAAACUAGGAUACAUGCCGCCAUACGAUGCGACAGCGGUGGGAAGGGUGAAGGCGGAGGGGGCAGUGGUGGUGGGGAAGACAAACUACGGUGGGAAGGGUGAAGGCGGAGGGGGCAGUGGUGGUGGGGAAGACAAACUAGGAUACAUGCCGCCAUACGAUGCGACAGCGGUGGGAAGGGUGAAGGCGGAGGGGGCAGUGGUGGUGGGGAAGACAAACUACGGUGGGAAGGGUGAAGGCGGAGGGGGCAGUGGUGGUGGGGAAGACAAACUAGGAUACAUGCCGCCAUACGAUGCGACAGCGGUGGGAAGGGUGAAGGCGGAGGGGGCAGUGGUGGUGGGGAAGACAAACUACGGUGGGAAGGGUGAAGGCGGAGGGGGCAGUGGUGGUGGGGAAGACAAACUAGGAUACAUGCCGCCAUACGAUGCGACAGCGGUGGGAAGGGUGAAGGCGGAGGGGGCAGUGGUGGUGGGGAAGACAAACUACGGUGGGAAGGGUGAAGGCGGAGGGGGCAGUGGUGGUGGGGAAGACAAACUAGGAUACAUGCCGCCAUACGAUGCGACAGCGGUGGGAAGGGUGAAGGCGGAGGGGGCAGUGGUGGUGGGGAAGACAAACUACGGUGGGAAGGGUGAAGGCGGAGGGGGCAGUGGUGGUGGGGAAGACAAACUAGGAUACAUGCCGCCAUACGAUGCGACAGCGGUGGGAAGGGUGAAGGCGGAGGGGGCAGUGGUGGUGGGGAAGACAAACUACGGUGGGAAGGGUGAAGGCGGAGGGGGCAGUGGUGGUGGGGAAGACAAACUAGGAUACAUGCCGCCAUACGAUGCGACAGCGGUGGGAAGGGUGAAGGCGGAGGGGGCAGUGGUGGUGGGGAAGACAAACUACGGUGGGAAGGGUGAAGGCGGAGGGGGCAGUGGUGGUGGGGAAGACAAACUAGGAUACAUGCCGCCAUACGAUGCGACAGCGGUGGGAAGGGUGAAGGCGGAGGGGGCAGUGGUGGUGGGGAAGACAAACUACGGUGGGAAGGGUGAAGGCGGAGGGGGCAGUGGUGGUGGGGAAGACAAACUAGGAUACAUGCCGCCAUACGAUGCGACAGCGGUGGGAAGGGUGAAGGCGGAGGGGGCAGUGGUGGUGGGGAAGACAAACUACGGUGGGAAGGGUGAAGGCGGAGGGGGCAGUGGUGGUGGGGAAGACAAACUAGGAUACAUGCCGCCAUACGAUGCGACAGCGGUGGGAAGGGUGAAGGCGGAGGGGGCAGUGGUGGUGGGGAAGACAAACUACGGUGGGAAGGGUGAAGGCGGAGGGGGCAGUGGUGGUGGGGAAGACAAACUAGGAUACAUGCCGCCAUACGAUGCGACAGCGGUGGGAAGGGUGAAGGCGGAGGGGGCAGUGGUGGUGGGGAAGACAAACUACGGUGGGAAGGGUGAAGGCGGAGGGGGCAGUGGUGGUGGGGAAGACAAACUAGGAUACAUGCCGCCAUACGAUGCGACAGCGGUGGGAAGGGUGAAGGCGGAGGGGGCAGUGGUGGUGGGGAAGACAAACUACGGUGGGAAGGGUGAAGGCGGAGGGGGCAGUGGUGGUGGGGAAGACAAACUAGGAUACAUGCCGCCAUACGAUGCGACAGCGGUGGGAAGGGUGAAGGCGGAGGGGGCAGUGGUGGUGGGGAAGACAAACUACGGUGGGAAGGGUGAAGGCGGAGGGGGCAGUGGUGGUGGGGAAGACAAACUAGGAUACAUGCCGCCAUACGAUGCGACAGCGGUGGGAAGGGUGAAGGCGGAGGGGGCAGUGGUGGUGGGGAAGACAAACUACGGUGGGAAGGGUGAAGGCGGAGGGGGCAGUGGUGGUGGGGAAGACAAACUAGGAUACAUGCCGCCAUACGAUGCGACAGCGGUGGGAAGGGUGAAGGCGGAGGGGGCAGUGGUGGUGGGGAAGACAAACUACGGUGGGAAGGGUGAAGGCGGAGGGGGCAGUGGUGGUGGGGAAGACAAACUAGGAUACAUGCCGCCAUACGAUGCGACAGCGGUGGGAAGGGUGAAGGCGGAGGGGGCAGUGGUGGUGGGGAAGACAAACUACGGUGGGAAGGGUGAAGGCGGAGGGGGCAGUGGUGGUGGGGAAGACAAACUAGGAUACAUGCCGCCAUACGAUGCGACAGCGGUGGGAAGGGUGAAGGCGGAGGGGGCAGUGGUGGUGGGGAAGACAAACUACGGUGGGAAGGGUGAAGGCGGAGGGGGCAGUGGUGGUGGGGAAGACAAACUAGGAUACAUGCCGCCAUACGAUGCGACAGCGGUGGGAAGGGUGAAGGCGGAGGGGGCAGUGGUGGUGGGGAAGACAAACUACGGUGGGAAGGGUGAAGGCGGAGGGGGCAGUGGUGGUGGGGAAGACAAACUAGGAUACAUGCCGCCAUACGAUGCGACAGCGGUGGGAAGGGUGAAGGCGGAGGGGGCAGUGGUGGUGGGGAAGACAAACUACGGUGGGAAGGGUGAAGGCGGAGGGGGCAGUGGUGGUGGGGAAGACAAACUAGGAUACAUGCCGCCAUACGAUGCGACAGCGGUGGGAAGGGUGAAGGCGGAGGGGGCAGUGGUGGUGGGGAAGACAAACUACGGUGGGAAGGGUGAAGGCGGAGGGGGCAGUGGUGGUGGGGAAGACAAACUAGGAUACAUGCCGCCAUACGAUGCGACAGCGGUGGGAAGGGUGAAGGCGGAGGGGGCAGUGGUGGUGGGGAAGACAAACUACGGUGGGAAGGGUGAAGGCGGAGGGGGCAGUGGUGGUGGGGAAGACAAACUAGGAUACAUGCCGCCAUACGAUGCGACAGCGGUGGGAAGGGUGAAGGCGGAGGGGGCAGUGGUGGUGGGGAAGACAAACUACGGUGGGAAGGGUGAAGGCGGAGGGGGCAGUGGUGGUGGGGAAGACAAACUAGGAUACAUGCCGCCAUACGAUGCGACAGCGGUGGGAAGGGUGAAGGCGGAGGGGGCAGUGGUGGUGGGGAAGACAAACUACGGUGGGAAGGGUGAAGGCGGAGGGGGCAGUGGUGGUGGGGAAGACAAACUAGGAUACAUGCCGCCAUACGAUGCGACAGCGGUGGGAAGGGUGAAGGCGGAGGGGGCAGUGGUGGUGGGGAAGACAAACUACGGUGGGAAGGGUGAAGGCGGAGGGGGCAGUGGUGGUGGGGAAGACAAACUAGGAUACAUGCCGCCAUACGAUGCGACAGCGGUGGGAAGGGUGAAGGCGGAGGGGGCAGUGGUGGUGGGGAAGACAAACUACGGUGGGAAGGGUGAAGGCGGAGGGGGCAGUGGUGGUGGGGAAGACAAACUAGGAUACAUGCCGCCAUACGAUGCGACAGCGGUGGGAAGGGUGAAGGCGGAGGGGGCAGUGGUGGUGGGGAAGACAAACUACGGUGGGAAGGGUGAAGGCGGAGGGGGCAGUGGUGGUGGGGAAGACAAACUAGGAUACAUGCCGCCAUACGAUGCGACAGCGGUGGGAAGGGUGAAGGCGGAGGGGGCAGUGGUGGUGGGGAAGACAAACUACGGUGGGAAGGGUGAAGGCGGAGGGGGCAGUGGUGGUGGGGAAGACAAACUAGGAUACAUGCCGCCAUACGAUGCGACAGCGGUGGGAAGGGUGAAGGCGGAGGGGGCAGUGGUGGUGGGGAAGACAAACUACGGUGGGAAGGGUGAAGGCGGAGGGGGCAGUGGUGGUGGGGAAGACAAACUAGGAUACAUGCCGCCAUACGAUGCGACAGCGGUGGGAAGGGUGAAGGCGGAGGGGGCAGUGGUGGUGGGGAAGACAAACUACGGUGGGAAGGGUGAAGGCGGAGGGGGCAGUGGUGGUGGGGAAGACAAACUAGGAUACAUGCCGCCAUACGAUGCGACAGCGGUGGGAAGGGUGAAGGCGGAGGGGGCAGUGGUGGUGGGGAAGACAAACUACGGUGGGAAGGGUGAAGGCGGAGGGGGCAGUGGUGGUGGGGAAGACAAACUAGGAUACAUGCCGCCAUACGAUGCGACAGCGGUGGGAAGGGUGAAGGCGGAGGGGGCAGUGGUGGUGGGGAAGACAAACUACGGUGGGAAGGGUGAAGGCGGAGGGGGCAGUGGUGGUGGGGAAGACAAACUAGGAUACAUGCCGCCAUACGAUGCGACAGCGGUGGGAAGGGUGAAGGCGGAGGGGGCAGUGGUGGUGGGGAAGACAAACUACGGUGGGAAGGGUGAAGGCGGAGGGGGCAGUGGUGGUGGGGAAGACAAACUAGGAUACAUGCCGCCAUACGAUGCGACAGCGGUGGGAAGGGUGAAGGCGGAGGGGGCAGUGGUGGUGGGGAAGACAAACUACGGUGGGAAGGGUGAAGGCGGAGGGGGCAGUGGUGGUGGGGAAGACAAACUAGGAUACAUGCCGCCAUACGAUGCGACAGCGGUGGGAAGGGUGAAGGCGGAGGGGGCAGUGGUGGUGGGGAAGACAAACUACGGUGGGAAGGGUGAAGGCGGAGGGGGCAGUGGUGGUGGGGAAGACAAACUAGGAUACAUGCCGCCAUACGAUGCGACAGCGGUGGGAAGGGUGAAGGCGGAGGGGGCAGUGGUGGUGGGGAAGACAAACUACGGUGGGAAGGGUGAAGGCGGAGGGGGCAGUGGUGGUGGGGAAGACAAACUAGGAUACAUGCCGCCAUACGAUGCGACAGCGGUGGGAAGGGUGAAGGCGGAGGGGGCAGUGGUGGUGGGGAAGACAAACUACGGUGGGAAGGGUGAAGGCGGAGGGGGCAGUGGUGGUGGGGAAGACAAACUAGGAUACAUGCCGCCAUACGAUGCGACAGCGGUGGGAAGGGUGAAGGCGGAGGGGGCAGUGGUGGUGGGGAAGACAAACUACGGUGGGAAGGGUGAAGGCGGAGGGGGCAGUGGUGGUGGGGAAGACAAACUAGGAUACAUGCCGCCAUACGAUGCGACAGCGGUGGGAAGGGUGAAGGCGGAGGGGGCAGUGGUGGUGGGGAAGACAAACUACGGUGGGAAGGGUGAAGGCGGAGGGGGCAGUGGUGGUGGGGAAGACAAACUAGGAUACAUGCCGCCAUACGAUGCGACAGCGGUGGGAAGGGUGAAGGCGGAGGGGGCAGUGGUGGUGGGGAAGACAAACAUGGACGAGUUCGGCAUGGGCAGCACCACUGAAGGGUCUGGUUACCAGGUGACAGCCAACCCCUGGGACCACUCGCGAGUGCCAGGCAGCAGUUCAGGCGGCUCAGCUGCUGCUGUGUUCGAAGUCACCCUCCUUAAGGCACCCCUUCCUCCGCAUUCCUCCCACCCUCCCCCACCCCACCAGGUGACAGCCAACCCCUGGGACCACUCGAGAGUGCCAGGCGGCAGCUCAGGAGGCUCAGCUGCUGCGGUGGCGGCUGGGCAGUGUGCUGUGGCUCUGGGCUCCGACACCGUGGCGGCUGGGCAGUGUGCUGUGGCUCUGGCUGUUGUAUCUAGUGUCUCUGCGGUGGCGGCUGGGCAGUGUGCUGUGGCUCUGGGCUCCGACACCGGGGGCGCCUAUGAUUCCAGCCUGGACUGCGUGGGCAUGCUGGGGCUCAUGGGGGGGCAGUGUGCGCCAGCCAGCGUCCUUCUGUGGCAUAGUGGGUCUGAAGCCGUCGUACGGCCGGGUGUCAUGGCGUAUGCGUCCAGCCUGGACUGGGGCAGCGUGCGUCUCCCAGCGUCCUUCUGCGGGAUAGUGGGUCUGAAGCCGUCGUACGGCCGAGUGUCCCGCCUGGGGCUCAUGGCGUAUGCGUCCAGCCUGGACUGCGUGGGCGUGCUGGGUCGAUCGGUGGAAGACACUGCGAUUGUGCUGCAGGCGAUGGCUGGGAGGGAUGACGGGGACAGCACGUGCAGCAAGGAGGUGAGUGAGUGGUGGGUAGAGGCACCUCACCCCUGCCAGCCUGUACCGGACUACGCGGCCGCCCUCCUCCCCCCCGCCCCCUCCAUCUCUCCAGUUCCAGACUACACGGCCGCCCUCCUCCCCGUCGCCUCGCUUGCCUCCAAGCCGCUGACAGGUGUCCGCCUCGCAUUGGUCCAGGAGACCAUGGGCGCUGGCGUUGAUUCUGACGUGGCACAGGCCGUCCGGGCGGCGGCGGCGCACUACGAGACGCUCGGAGCCACCGUGGAGGAGGUGUCACUGCCGUUCUUUGCCAGUGGCCUGCCAGCAUACUACAUCCUGGCUCCCUCUGAAGCUUCCUCCAACCUCUCCCGCUACGAUGGUAUCAGCAAGUGGCCUCCCGGCAUAUUACAUCCUCGCCCCGCCCCCUCAGAAGCCUCCUCCAACCUCUCCCACUAUGAUGGCACCAGUUUCGACCUGGAUCCGCAGGUGACUCGUCCUACUCCAACAGGUUACUUACUUCCUCCCCCUUUCUCCUUUCUUGCCAACCCCAUCUCCGUCACGCCCUGCCUCUCUUCCCUUCCUUGCUAUCUCCUCGUUCCCUUCUCCUUUUUCCCCCUCCAUUUCCUUCCCUUCCUCGCUCUUUCUUCGUCACUGUGGUUUGGCCCGCAACGGGAGGGAACGGACCUCACAUCCCUCUACAGCAACACUCGAGGCCAGGGCUUUGGCAAGGAGGUGAAGCGGCGCAUUCUAAUGGGCACAUACGCGCUCUCUGCAGGCUACUACGAUGCCUACUACAAGAAGGCACAGCAGGUCAGAUGGUUCAGGUGCAUCAUCAUGUGCAUCAUCAUGUGCAUCAUCAUGUGCAUCAUCAUGUGCAUCAUCAUGUGCAUCAUCAUGUGCAUCAUCAUGUGCAUCAUCAUGUGCAUCAUCAUGUGCAUCAUCAUGUGCAUCAUCAUGUGCAUCAUCAUGUGCAUCAUCAUGUGCAUCAUCAUGUGCAUCAUCAUGUGCAUCAUCAUGUGCAUCAUCAUGUGCAUCAUCAUGUGCAUCAUCAUGUGCAUCAUCAUGUGCAUCAUCAUGUGCAUCAUCAUGUGCAUCAUCAUGUGCAUCAUCAUGUGCAUCAUCAUGUGCAUCAUCAUGUGCAUCAUCAUGUGCAUCAUCAUGUGCAUCAUCAUGUGCAUCAUCAUGUGCAUCAUCAUGUGCAUCAUCAUGUGCAUCAUCAUGUGCAUCAUCAUGUGCAUCAUCAUGUGCAUCAUCAUGUGCAUCAUCAUGUGCAUCAUCAUGUGCAUCAUCAUGUGGCAUCAUCAUGUGCAUCAUCAUGUGCAUCAUCAUGUGCAUCAUCAUGUGCAUCAUCAUGUGCAUCAUCAUGUGCAUCAUCAUGUGCAUCAUCAUGUGCAUCAUCAUGUGCAUCAUCAUGUGCAUCAUCAUGUGCAUCAUCAUGUGCAUCAUCAUGUGCAUCAUCAUGUGCAUCAUCAUGUGCAUCAUCAUGUGCAUCAUCAUGUGCAUCAUCAUGUGCAUCAUCAUGUGCAUCAUCAUGUGCAUCAUCAUGUGCAUCAUCAUGUUGCAUCAUCAUGUGCAUCAUCAUGUGCAUCAUCAUGUGCAUCAUCAUGUGCAUCAUCAUGUGCAUCAUCAAUGUGCAUCAUCAUGUGCAUCAUGUGCAUCAUCAUGUGCAUCAUCAUGUGCAUCAUCAUGUGCAUCAUCAUGUGCAUCAUCAUGUGCAUCAUCAUGUGCAUCAUCAUGUGCAUCAUCAUGUGCAUCAUCAUGUGCAUCAUCAUGUGCAUCAUCAUGUGCAUCAUCAUGUGCAUCAUCAUGUGCAUCAUCAUGUGCAUCAUCAUGUGCAUCAUCAUGUGCAUCAUCAUGUGCAUCAUCAUGUGCAUCAUCAUGUGCAUCAUCCUACCAUCCCCCUGUGCGCACGAUGAUUCGGCGGGAGUUUUUUGGCAGCUGGGGAGGGGCAUAAGGCCCUCCUCCUUCCUCACCUUCCCCCUUCCCGUCUGCUUCCACCCAUCACCUCCCCCUGUCGUCACCUCCCCCUUUCCACAGGUGCGCACGAUGAUUCGGCGGGAGUUCCUAGCAGCUCUGGAGGGGCACGACGCUCUUAUCACCCCCACCGCUCCCACCACGGCCUACCGCAUUGGUGAGAAGACAUCGGACCCCCUCGCCAUGUAUGUUGGUGACCUCAUGACGGUCAAUGUGAACCUGGCGGGUCUGCCAGCCAUCUCCUUGCCUUGCGGUUUAGCCCCCGGUGGCCCCCAUGGCCUGCCCAUUGGCCUUCAGAUCAUUGGCGCUCCCUUUGCUGAGGCGGCCAUUCUCAAGUAUGCGCACGUGUUUGAGCAGACCAGUUGUCUUCCAAGACCAGUUGUCUUCCAAGGUGCCCCACCACCCACCGCCCACCGACGCCCCCUCUCCUCCCUCUCCUCCCUCCUUCCACAGGCGGCCAUUCUCAAGUAUGCGCACGUGUUUGAGCAGACAACUCCUGCAUGGCAAUCUGGACUCGCUAUUGCAACUCCUGUUACUGCCGCUGCUUCCACAUAG